AUGGCUUCCUUCCUCUUCUCACUUCCCGCAAUCACCCUUCUCCUGAUCUUACUCUUCUCACCUUCUUCUCCCACCGUCUCGGCCGAGUUAAUCCGAGACAGUGAUGGAGCAUUACUCCGUAACGGGGAUCUUUACUACAUAGUCCCAAUUGGUUUAGGUACUGGUGGCUUAACAUGGACACAAGGUCCUGACAAUUCACCAUGCCGCCUCAAUAUAAAACAAAAAAGAUACUCACUUGGUACCUUAGUUAAGGUAUCCGCCCGAGAUGUUCAAACACUUCAUAUUCCCACUGGAUUUCCAUAUCUAUUAGCGCUUGAAUUUGUAGAUAGUGAGGCCCCAUGUCCUGAGUUGGGAUGGGUCUUAACAAAUGUACCAGGAACCAAUGACGUAUAUAUGUUUGCUGGUAAUAGUCCUUCUUAUAGUUUUAUAGCUGAGCCUAUUUCUGGUAAGACUGAGGUGUAUAAAUUUAUGUAUCAUUGGUACCAUCAUGGUAAUAGGUUUGAUGAUGUUGGGUUUGAUCACAACCAGCGUUUGACUGUUACUCAGCCACCUAUGGAAUUUAGAUUCGUCAAAGCUAAUAAAUAUAUGAGCCAGUAA